AUGGUUAACUGUUCCCCUUCGGUAUGGAGCAAUAAAAAUACGACACCACAAUCAUCUUCGUAUAUAUGUGCUGAAAUGGUAAAAGUCAAGUCCAAGAACAGUGUUAUCAAGCUAUUAUCCACUGCGGCGAGUGGGUAUUCUCGUUACAUAUCGGUAAAGAAAGGUGCACCUUUAGUCACUCAAGUCAGAUACGAUCCUGUAGUGAAACGUCAUGUGCUUUUCAAAGAAGCAAAGAAAAGAAAAGUGGCAGAAAGGAAACCAUUGGAUUUCUUACGAACAGCCAAGUGA